AUUGACAAGUAGUAAGGUAUUUAUUUUGUGCCAAAUAGGAAGGAACGUCGACGACCAUUUAUUUUCUUGCAGGAAGAGUUUGUCUGUUAAAUUUACGUAAUCUUUUGUCAUUGAGCUGUUGGUUAUCGUGUAGUUUUCUUAGUUUUAGUUUUACGAACUCUUAAAUAAUAUUGAACGGUAUUCGUCUCAUCUUUGUUGGGCUUGCCCCUUCUUCGGGUGAAAAUAGGAUCAACCCACCAGAGUUUUUGAAGAAUAUUUUGAACUUCACGGAUCCCUCGGAUAGCGGCAGACCAAUCCAAGAUGACACAAAUACUACCGAUACGGUUUCAAGAGCAUCUUCAGCUCACCAAUGUAGGUAUCAAUCAGGCCAGUGUAAGUUUCAACACCCUUACAAUGGAGUCGGACAAGUUUAUAUGUGUGCGAGAAAAGGUUGGAGAAUCGUCUCAAGUGGUUAUAAUAGAUCUUAAUGACCCCACUAAUCCAAUCCGCAGGCCUAUCUCAGCAGAUUCUGCAAUCAUGAACCCAGCAAGCAAAGUUAUCGCUCUCAAGGGUAAGGCCGGAACAGAAGGAACAGCUGCGGCCCAAAAAACUUUGCAGAUCUUCAACAUUGAAAUGAAAAGCAAAAUGAAGGCUCACACUAUGACUGAUGAUGUUAUAUUUUGGAAAUGGAUCUCCCCGAACACCUUAGCACUAGUAACAGAAACAUCUGUAUUUCAUUGGAGCAUGGAAGGUGAUUCUCAACCGAUAAAAAUGUUCGACAGACAUUCCAGCUUGAACGGCUGCCAGAUCAUAAACUACAGAACUGAUCCCAAACACACUUGGCUGUUACUGAUUGGCAUUUCGGCUCAACAAAAUCGAGUCGUCGGUGCAAUGCAGUUAUACUCUGUUGAACGGAAGUGUUCUCAGCCUAUUGAAGGCCAUGCUGCUUCCUUUGCUCAAUUCAAAAUGGAAGGCAAUGCAGAACCGUCAACUCUGUUUUGUUUUGCUGUAAGAACUGUGCAAGGAGGAAAGCUUCACAUCAUCGAAGUAGGCCAGCCACCCGCAGGAAAUCAACCGUUCACAAAGAAAGCAGUAGAUGUGUUUUUUCCUGCUGAAGCUCAAAAUGAUUUUCCCGUAGCAAUGCAAGUAAGUGCAAAAUAUGAUGUCAUAUACCUGAUCACCAAAUAUGGAUACAUUCAUCUGUACGAUAUAGAAACUGCUACUUGCAUUUACAUGAACAGGAUCAGUGGAGAUACGAUUUUUGUCACUGCCCCCCAUGAGACAUCUGGAGGUAUCAUCGGUGUCAAUCGUAAAGGUCAGGUAUUAUCUGUCAGUGUAGAAGAGGACAACAUCAUUCCGUACAUUAACACUGUUCUACAAAAUCCAGAUUUAGCUCUCAGAAUUGCAGUACGUAACAACUUGGCUGGUGCUGAAGAUCUAUUUGUGAGAAAAUUCAACAUGCUUUUUCAAAAUGGUCAGUACGCAGAAGCUGCUAAAGUAGCAGCAAACGCUCCAAAAGGAAUUCUGAGAACGCCACAAACCAUUCAACAGUUCCAGCAAGUACCAACUCCAGCUGGACAGACUUCACCUUUGCUCCAGUACUUCGGUAUACUCUUAGAUCAGGGCCAGUUGAACAAGUAUGAGUCUCUUGAACUCUGUAGACCGGUGUUGCAACAGGGAAGAAAGCAACUUUUGGAAAAGUGGCUGAAAGAAGAGAAACUGGAGUGCUCGGAAGAACUGGGUGAUUUGGUGAAGCAAGCCGAUCCAACCUUAGCCUUGUCCGUGUACUUGAGAGCCAAUGUGCCUAAUAAAGUGAUCCAGUGCUUUGCAGAAACUGGCCAAUUCCAGAAAAUCGUUUUGUAUGCAAAGAAAGUAGGCUACACUCCUGAGUACAUGUUCUUACUCCGAAAUGUCAUGAGAGUCAACCCAGAUCAAGGUGUCGGUUUUGCCCAGAUGCUGGUCCAGGAUGAGGAGCCCUUAGCUGACAUCAAUCAAAUCGUCGAUAUAUUGAUGGAACAGAACUUGGUUCAACAGUGCACUGCCUUUCUGCUUGAUGCCUUGAAAAACAACAGACCUUCUGAAGGGCCUCUUCAAACCCGUCUUCUCGAAAUGAAUCUGAUAUCUGCUCCACAAGUGGCUGAUGCGAUUUUGGGUAACCAGAUGUUCACGCAUUACGAUCGUGCUCACGUUGCCCAGCUAUGUGAAAAGGCUGGCCUACUCCAGCGUGCUUUGGAACACUAUACAGACCUCUAUGACAUCAAAAGAGCUGUUGUACACACUCAUCUGUUGAAUGCUGAUUGGCUGGUAAGCUACUUUGGAACUUUAUCUGUUGAAGAUUCUUUAGAAUGUCUAAAAGCAAUGUUAACUGCCAAUAUUCGUCAGAACUUGCAAAUUUGUGUGCAAAUUGCAACCAAAUAUCAUGAACAGUUAACAACAAAAGCAUUAAUAGAUCUGUUUGAAUCGUUCAAGAGCUAUGAAGGUCUCUUCUAUUUCUUAGGGUCAAUUGUCAACUUCAGUCAAGAUCAAGAAGUGCAUUUUAAGUACAUUCAAGCUGCUUGCAAGACAGGGCAAAUCAAAGAAGUGGAGCGAAUUUGUCGAGAGUCCAACUGCUACAAUGCAGAGAGAGUGAAAAACUUCUUGAAAGAAGCGAAACUCACAGAUCAACUGCCACUGAUAAUAGUUUGUGAUCGAUUCGACUUUGUCCAUGAUUUGGUGCUCUAUUUGUACCGCAACAACCUACAAAAGUACAUUGAGAUUUAUGUACAAAAGGUAAAUCCCUCACGUCUUCCAGUUGUGAUCGGUGGACUUCUUGAUGUUGAUUGUUCCGAGGACAUCAUCAAAAACCUAAUUUUGGUAGUUAGAGGACAGUUCUCUACUGAUGAAUUAGUAGAGGAAGUGGAGAAACGGAACAGGCUGAAGCUAUUGCUUCCAUGGUUGGAAUCUCGAGUUCAGGAAGGGUGUGUAGAACCUGCUACUCACAAUGCCCUUGCAAAAAUAUACAUUGACAGCAAUAACAACCCCGAAAGAUUCCUGAAAGAAAAUCAGUUUUAUAACAGCAAUGUUGUUGGCAAGUACUGUGAGAAACGAGAUCCUCACCUGGCUUGUGUGGCCUACGAAAGGGGGCAGUGCGAUAGAGAACUUAUAAAUGUCUGUAAUGAAAAUUCUUUGUUCAAGUCGGAGGCAAGAUACCUCGUGAGACGUAGAGAUCCUGAACUUUGGGCCGAAGUUCUAAAUGAGUCCAAUCCAUUUAAGAGACAACUUAUUGACCAGGUUGUGCAGACUGCACUCUCAGAAACUCAAGAUCCUGAAGACAUAUCUGUGACCGUCAAGGCUUUCAUGACUGCGGACUUACCUAAUGAAUUAAUUGAACUUCUGGAAAAAAUUGUUCUUGACAACUCUGUAUUCAGUGAUCACAGAAACUUGCAAAAUCUCCUUAUCCUCACAGCAAUCAAAGCCGAUCGCACCAGAGUAAUGGAAUACAUCAACAGAUUAGACAACUAUGAUGCUCCAGAUAUUGCCAACAUAGCAAUCAACAAUGAAUUGUACGAAGAGGCAUUUGCAAUUUUCAAAAAGUUUGAUGUAAAUACAUCUGCAAUUCAAGUGUUGAUUGAUCAUGUGAACAAUCUUGAUCGGGCUUAUGAAUUUGCUGAACGGUGCAAUGAACCGGCAGUUUGGAGUCAAUUAGCAAAAGCACAACUGAAACAGGGACUGGUUAAAGAAGCCAUUGACUCUUUCAUCAAAGCAGACGACCCAUCGGCCUACAUAGAUGUAGUGGAAACUGCACACAAGACUGGAAGUUGGGAAGAUCUUGUCCGAUACUUGCAGAUGUCGAGGAAGAAGGCUAGAGAAUCGUAUAUUGAAAGUGAAUUGAUCUAUGCCUAUGCACGAACCAACAGAUUAGCUGACCUUGAAGAGUUUAUUUCUGGACCUAACCAUGCUGACAUUCAGAAGAUUGGUGACAGGUGUUUUGACGAUGAAAUGUAUGAACCAGCAAAGCUCUUGUACAACAAUGUUUCCAACUUUGCUCGUCUCGCUAUCACACUGGUCCACCUGAAGGAGUUUCAGGGAGCCGUUGACAGCGCACGUAAAGCAAACAGCACAAGAACUUGGAAGGAAGUAUGUUUUGCUUGUGUGGACAGCCAAGAGUUCCGUCUGGCACAAAUGUGUGGUCUUCACAUUGUCGUUCAUGCUGAUGAAUUGGAGGACCUCAUCAACUACUAUCAAGACCGUGGCUAUUUUGAGGAAUUGAUCAAUCUACUGGAGGCUGCUCUUGGCCUUGAAAGAGCACACAUGGGCAUGUUUACAGAGCUAGCUAUCUUGUACUCCAAAUACAAACCUGCCAAAAUGCGUGAACAUUUAGAACUGUUCUGGUCCAGAGUAAACAUUCCAAAAGUUCUAAGAGCGGCAGAACAGGCUCAUCUGUGGGCAGAACUGGUUUUCUUGUAUGACAAAUAUGAAGAAUAUGACAAUGCAGUGAUUGCGAUGAUGACUCAUCCUAGCGAAGCAUGGAGAGAAGGUCACUUCAAAGAUAUCAUUACCAAAGUAGCAAACAUCGAACUUUAUUAUAAAGCCAUUCAGUUCUACUUGGAUUACAAACCGCUACUUCUGAAUGACGUCUUGCUCGUUCUGACCCCAAGAAUGGACCACACGAGGUCUGUAAGUUUCUUCACAAAAGUGAACCAUUUGCAGCUCGUCAAACCAUACCUGCGUUCCGUUCAAUCUCUCAACAACAAAGCCAUCAAUGAAGCUCUCAAUAACCUUUUGAUCGAAGAAGAAGACUACCAGGGCUUGAGAACAUCAAUUGACGCUUUCGACAACUUUGACAACAUAGCGCUCGCCCAAAAGUUGGAGAAACACGAGCUGAUCGAAUUUAGGCGUAUUGCAGCGUACUUGUACAAAGGCAACAACCGCUGGAAACAGAGCGUGGAAUUGUGCAAGAAGGAUAGGCUCUUCAAGGACGCAAUGGAAUAUGCGGCGGAAUCCAAAAAUGCGGAUGUCGCUGAGGAGCUCCUCUCAUGGUUCCUGGAGAAGGGAAGUCACGACUGUUUUGCUGCUUGCCUGUUCCAAUGCUAUGAUCUCCUGCAUCCCGAUGUGAUCCUAGAAUUAGCCUGGAGACACAACAUCAUGGACUUUGCCAUGCCUUACUUGAUACAAGUGACCAGAGAGUACACCUCCAAAGUCGACAAACUAGUGGAAUCGGACCAACGUCGUGCUGAGGAACAUUCCGAGCAAGAACACAAGCCCAUGAUAAUGCCAGAACCUCAGCUCAUGUUGACUGCAGGCCCCGGCAUCAUCGGCCCCGGCUAUUCUCCGGCCUACCCCAACUCCUACACGACACCAGUCAUGCCUUAUUUAGGCUACGGGAUGUAGGCUCUCCAGAAGAAUUGGCUUGGACUCGCUGAUUAGUGCUGUGUUGAACAUAAUUUGGGCAUACUAGCUGGCCAUUUCAUUGUGUAAUUUAUAGUCUAAAGUGACAAAAUAUAUAUUGUAUAUUUAUAGAGUAUCAUAUAAAAAAAUCUGGUAUGAAAAUAGUGUUAACUUUGGUAGUUUAGCAAAUGAGCAAGUUUAUGUGGAUAAAACUACUAAGUAUUAUUGCCUUGUUCCAUUUAUUAAUAUUGAUAUUGUUAUACUUGUUUAUUUUAACGUUUUUAUAUUUAUUUGUUUCAAAAACAAUAGAGAAUUAUUCAGUGUAGCUGCGUUACCGUUAGGCACCUUAGUGCUGAGUGUUUCCAAAUCCACUGCACUGACUCGAUAAUGUAGCGCAAUUUUAUAUCCAUUGUUAUUCCUUAGUUAUAUUACAUUGGUUUAUUAUUGUUAGUGGAUAUAAAACUAACAGAUUGGAUUGUGUGUGUAAUAAGUUAUAGAAAUGUUAAUGUUAUUUUUCCAAUUAGAUGAAAGAGCGAAGUGUUGUUAGGACGGUGAGAAAUUAUUUAAUCAGAAGACACUUUGUGCAAAAAUUGAAGAACGAUAAAUCGGUGAUCUCCAACAAUAUAUACAUUACUUACUAAUCAGUACAAAAUAAAUAAAAACAAUAAUAAACCAAUCUAUUGCUUAUCAUUCACAGCUUGUAAAACCUUGCAUGUGAAAAUAAAUAAUAUUUUAGUUUUAUGUUAUUUAGGUUUAAGUAGUACUCAUUCCAUUUCAAGGGUUUCAUCACAAAUUCGAGGGGUUGGUGGUAAUGCUUCUGUUGCACUAGUUGGUCUCAAUAUCAUCCGCUAUAUUUUUUGAGUGCAGUAAUUUUGUUCCUACUUUAAAGCUCUUUAGAGUAGUAAAUUUGUACAUAAGUAAUAGAAUGCUGUUACAGUAAUUGUAAGGUAUAGAUGAUGUAGAAUGUACAAAUUUUUGUGUGGUAGCACUAAUUCUUAUCUUUCUCAACCUCUGUUUUCGAUUAAGUUUUGUUAUGAUAAAUUUAAUGUUAUUUCAUCUUGUUUGUUUGAAAAUUUGUUUAAUUUUGUACAAUAUCUGUUGGAGUUGUGUCCCAAAAAGUUAUAAAUACUGUCCUGUAAAAAUCCUGAAAGUUGAGAACAAAGUAAAGUAAGUUCGCCAUCUCACUGUCUUAGCUCCACUUCAUUCUCAUCUGUUUAUUGUGUUAUAUGAAUUUCAUAUUUUUAACUAGAAUAUGCUUACGUAGUUGUUUUUGAAUUUUUACUCACUCGUUUUGUAAUAAUUUAUUUUGUAAUCGAACCUGUAUGAUUGUACAAUUUUUAAUGUAAUACCAACUUGUACUUCCUUCAAAUUAACUAAUUUUAUUGUUUUUCAAUAACAAUUUCGUUUCUAACCAACUUUCAAUUGUUUCCAAGCUGCCAGUGAAUUAAUGUAAACUUGACCUAAAUAAGACCUGUAUUUUUCAUUUAAUUAACAAAAGCAAUGUUAACUGUUAAUAUGAUAGCAUUUUAAAAAUAUCCGGUGGCUAAGUUCAAAUUUAUGGAAGGUUUAUUGAAUGAAGAAAAAUAUUGUCAAUGUAAACCUCAUGAAUUUGAUAUAAUGUAAUAAAAAUGUUCGUCUUCAA